AUGACAUCGUCGAGAUAUGCUCUAAUAUAUUUGCUCGUACACUUGGCGCUGGGUGUGGAAUGGCCUCAGAGCUGCAGUCCGGGGCAGUACUUCGACCCCGGCCUGAUGGUGUGCCAGGCGUGCCCGGCCAACAGCUCUAUGGUACCUGAUGCUGAUGGCUUCAGCUGCACCUGCUCCCCGGGCAGCCGGCGGGAGUCCCCGGCGCGCUGCCUGCGCUGCAGCAGCUCGGAGCAGCUGGCAGCUGACGGCGGCGCGUGCGUGCCGCGGCGCUGCCAGAAGGACGCAGCCGGGCGGGUGGCUUGUAGGAAGUGCCCGGCGGAUUAUAUUGCUGUGACCCAGAACUGGGACGGCUCCCCCCUGCGCGAGGUGCAGUGCGUGAAGUGCGCGCGCGGCUACCGGGCGCAGGGAAACGCGUGCGUGCGCUGCGACGCGUGCGCGUGUCCACGCAACCACGUGCCCGUGCGCGGGAGCUGCGUGCCCAAGGCGUUUCUGACUACCAGACCGAAGUAUGAGGAGAAGAUGAUGACGGCUAAUGAGUUGUUGGAUGUGGUGAAGUUUGAGUAUUUGUGUACGCUAGGAGACGUGCGCGCGUGCCGUAGACUAGCCAACUUGUGUGUUCGUAGUUUGAACCCGACAGACCGUGGUGGGCCGUGUCGCCUGUGGACGCAGCCCGCACACGUGCCCAGACCCGCUGGUUUGCCUGUUCUUUUAUUGGAUCUGUCCUCUAAUAAUGGCAAAAAUCUUGGAGAAAUUCAAAUGUCUUCCAAUAAGGAUACCUUGCUCUUGACCACAAUAACCCACACUUCUGAUGGGGGAAUGAAGUUGCCUGAAAUGGCCAUAGACUCUUCAUGUUUUCUACCGAAGUCCAUACUCAUUGGACGAGAUCUAUCGAUUUAUUGCAAAUUGAAUAUUACCGAUCUGGAGAAAUUGGACGCAGGGAAUACUCUAGCGCCAUACAUCAGUAUGAAUGGAAAUUAUCAACCAAUUCCUGUCGCCAUACGAAAACCCAAUGGAAAAAUUAUACAGAGAGCGGAGUGGUCGUCCAAUAAGUUCCGUCGAUAUUUCCUGCUGGCCAACGCCACGUCAGCCACUAAUAAUAUCACUAGUACUGUGUAUUUGCGGAUAUUUACUGUUUUCCUCAAGGUGCAAAGAGAGAAGACCAAGUCAGGCGGCAUGGUCGUGUCAGUUAGCGUAGAGGCACAGUACGCCAGCAAGUCUCCCGUGUCCACCAGCGUACCCGUCAGCUUCAGGGUCCACUGCGAUCUGCCACCGGCGGGAGUACUGAGGGGAUUAGAGAUUUGGGGAGGGGUCUUUGGUGCAUUUCUGGCUGUAUACGCUGUAAUUCAGUGGCGAGGCGCUGUGAAAAGAGGAGCUUUGUAUAUCUCUUUACUACCGAUCAUGACGGGAUGUAUCGCGGAUGCCUUGUAUUUUGCAGCACUGUUCUCGAGCCUGCACACGGCGGCGGCGGAGGCGGGGGCGCCGGGGCUGCCGCUGUCUCGCGGCGAAGAGCAUACGGUCGCCGCGUUCAUCUAUGCCGCUAUCUCAUUGAAAAUUGUAAAAGUGGCAUGGGUCAACUGGAAGCAAUGUAACUGCGAUAUUUUCUUCCUGGACUGGUCGGAAUACAAUCCGCAAACCAAAGUGUCACCAGUUCUGGAGAAGUCCAGUGCGUGGAAGACGGCGAUGGUGGCGCGGGAGUGGAGCCUCAUGCAGGCCCGGCGCCGCGUGCACCCCGGGUUCACUGUCGCACUCACUCUGAUUCUUAUACACCUCACGUCCCCCUGGCUCGCCGCCCUGCCCCCGAGCGCCGCCUGCCGCUGGGCGCUGCACUCCGCCUGCUGGUGGGCCGGCUACCUACUGCUGGCCGGCGCGCGGUGGCUGUCAGACCGCCUGAUGACGUCACCAGCGGCUACGUUGCCUCGCCUGUGUGAGGGACUGGGCGUGUCGGUGCUGGUGUUUCAGGAGGAGCUGUACGCGCAUUAUGUUCAUGGCAGAAACGACGACUCCCCGGAUGCGCGCGCGCUGGCGGGCCCGCUGUCCAGCUGCCGCGUGGUCUGCGCGCCGCAGUUCAGGACGGUGUAUAAACAACUAUCCGUCUCGGGUCCAUCUUAUUUGGGAGACAACGAAGCCAGGAGAGCACUUCUUUCGCGAUUUUUGGCUGCGUUUUUUGAGCGAGCGCUGGACGGCAUGAGAUGGGUGGGCUGUGAGCGGUCGCUGCUGGAGCGUCUGCUAGACGUGGAGGUGACGUCACGGGAGGCCGGCGCCACUAGCGUCCUACUGUACGACCCGCAGGACAACACUGCUUCCUGCUUCAUGAUGACCUGGUGGGGCGAGGAGUGGAGCCUGGUGACUCUGGACGCCGCCCUGCUCGGUGUCGCGCUGGUCUCCGGGGGAGAGCCCCUGCUCGCGGGGCUGGUGGUGCUGUGCGCGUGGCAGGUCUCAAGCCGGUUGCGGCACUGGCUUGGUUGCCGGAAUGUGAAGAAGAAGACUGACGUGCAUAUUAUUUAACCUCACGCCUCAGAUAUAUUAUUUUUCAUUCCCAAAGGUACUUACAUAA